CUCUACCAUUCUGUUGUGAGACGUGAGCUGUGUACCAGAUGUUCCACCAAAUGUGACCAAGCGGAUUGAUUGCUAUAGUGAUUCGCCACUACAACGUACACACGUCUGCUGGCCAAUUAGUUAAGACCUUCUGCAUGACCUGCGAGUGUGAUCGCUCGUGAUCGUGAUCACUGCAUCAUGGGAACCGACACGGCGAUAGCGAUCGAGCCAAGUAAAAUAUUGCCAAUCACGCCUACGACGCUGUCCUUUGAGGAUAUCUCAUUUCAAGUGCGAUCGGAAGAUGGUAAGGAGAAGCACUUGCUCCAUGGAAUAUCGGGAACGUUCCGCUCCGGCCGUCUAACGGGUAUUCUGGGACCCUCUGGAGCGGGCAAAUCUUCGCUGCUCAAUAUACUGAGUGGCUUUAAAACGAACAACGUAACUGGCCGAAUACUGGUAGAUGGAACACCAAUCAAUCGGAGAAAAUAUCGUCGGGAGGUGUCUUACACGCCACAGGAUGUGAGUCUGCUCGGAAAUCUCACGGUGACCGAGAGUCUAGAAUUUGCCGCCGAUCUGAAGCUACCACGGAAGGUUACGAAGCCACAACAGUCCACAAUGAUCGUGGACGUACUGCAGCUACUUGGGCUGUCCAAAUGUGCCCAGAAUCCGGUAGCUAAUCUGUCCGGUGGUGAAAAGAAGCGUCUCUCAAUCGGGUUGGAGCUGAUUUCCAACCCAAAGGUCAUGUUUUUCGAUGAGCCCACCAGUGGUCUCGAUAUCAUCGCCGCCAUGCAGGUUGUGGCGCAUCUAAAGGAUCUGGCGGCUAGCGGGCGCUGCGUGGUUUGCGUUAUCCAUCAACCUAGCUCGAGCAUUCUGCAGAUGUUCGACGAUCUGCUCGUUCUGUCCGAGGGUCACUGUCUCUACCAGGGUGCACUAGACGAGUUGGUCGAUACGUUCAAGGCGUGUGGAUUCGAAUGUCCCAACUACUACAAUCGUGCCGAUUUUGCACUGGAGAUUGCAAGCCUAAAGCACGAAGGCAAUCUACUGCAGCUACGAGAACGAGCCAAACGACAACUGAGCACACCGGUGCUUGCGAUGGAAAAGGAAGCCGUCCCGAACGAGACAUUGAAUUGUAAAGAAAAGGAAGCAAUGCUGGUGAAGCGGGUUGAUCAUGGUGUGCCGGAAACGGAAGCGUUACCCGAUCGACAGUAUCCAUCCUCGGAGUGGUCACAGUUUGUGACACUAACACGCCGUACCAUGCUCUGUACCUUUCGCGAUAUGCAGCUCACGAAGAUGCGCCUAUUUGCUCACCUGUUUGUCGGUAUCCUGAUAGCGAUCGUGUUCUAUGACGUGGGUAACGAUGGCUCCAAGGUGUUCAGCAAUGCGUCCUGUCUGUUUUUCUUCCUCAUAUUUGUCUUCUUUGCCAACGCGAUGCCACUCGUCAUGACAUUUCCACUAGAAACAUCCGUCUUCCUGCGCGAAAGAAUGAACAACUGGUACUCACUAAGGGCGUACUACUUUUCCAAGCUUGUGGCAGACUUUCCAUUUUUGAUCUUGGGACCAACGGUAUUUCUAGCUACAGCGUACUACCUGACGGCUCAACCGAUGGAGUGUGAUCGUAUCUUGAUGCUAUGGAGCAUCUGUAUCUUUACCAGCUGGAUCGCCCAGAUGUCCGGCAUGCUGGCCGGCAGUGCCCUACCGAUCGAGCUGGGCGUCUUCUGCGUACCCUGCUCCGUCAUUCCAAUGCUGGUCUUUUGUGGCUUUUUCGUGCGGUUCAGCCAGAUGUUCGACUUUCUCAAACCGUUUACGUACUUCGCUUACUUCCGGUACAGCUUCGAGGGUUCGAUGCAGGCGAUCUACGGUUUCGAUCGCGAAAAUUUGCCCUGCACGGGCGAUUUCUGUUACUUCAGCAAAGUGGCCAAGUUGUUGGAGAACUUCGACAUACUGGAGAACACGUUCGUGAUGGAUGUGUGUGGGCUGCUGGUCUGGAUACUUGUUCUCCAUGUGGCGCUCUACAUGAGUCUUGUGUGGCGAAUGAAGCGGACGCGAUGAUUGCCUUCCACAGUGUGACCGUGUGUGGGUCAAACCAGGCAGGCAGUAGCACUGCGUAUUAAUAUGCAUUUGCAUUUUAUGACAGCGGACUCGCGGGUAAUCGAGGCACUGAUGGUUUUUAUAUACUUUAAAUAAUUUACAAAUAUUGAAUCAUACCUAGCUAGG